AUGUUUGGACUACCUCAACAACAACCCUCUGAGGAGGAAAAAAAGAUCCACCAGCUGCAAUCUUACCAGACUCUAAUCAACGCCGGCUACGUUGCAGGACUUCUGUGGAUCUCGCCAAUUGUUUGGAACUUUGUGAAGAAGCAGUGGAAAUAA